UUAUCUCUCAUAUCUCUCUCUCUCGCUGCUCCGUCCGUUAGAGUGGGAACCACUGUUCUCAGUGAUCUGUCAUUUGUCCUCUAAGUUUAGAUACAUCCGCCCCAUUGAGUCUCAGACUGGUCCUGAAAGAGGACUGCGCUGGGGGGGAAAUAUUGAGGCUGAGUGAGCGGUUUAAUCUAACGGACUCUCUAAGUGCGCUAUCUCUUACCCGCCAUCUCCACUGAGCAGUUUCCUGCCUAGCAGUGCAGUGUAGGGGAAUGCGCGAGGGAUGCGUGACGCCGGAACAGUGGAGGAUAUUCUCGGCAGCGCUGCUAAUUGCUGUGAUUCAUGUUCCCUUUGAGUGCCUGUAACGAGUAGGCUAUAGCGAGAGAUUAAGAGAGAGAGAGAUAAGUGUAUAUCCGCUCACAGGAGUCAAAUGUCUUGGCUGUGGAUCUAAGAAAUGAUACAGAUUAAACGAACGUUUUAUAAAAGACAAAGGAGCCUUUGCGUUUCAAAGUUUUUUCAUAGUGUUCUUUUUAUUUUUCUGAUGCGGAAACUGUUCCAUUGCUUCCAACAAUGCAAUAAUGGAAUUGCACCUGGCAGAAUCAUGACCAGCGGCGCGCGGGACAUAGGCUGCUGUCAAAAUACUCACCUAUUUGUGUUAUUGUGCUGCUCUAAGAGCUCCAGACAGUGAUCAGUCAUUUGUUUUAAAGUGGGAGAAAAUCUCCUCUGAUCCCGUCUCUUCACUAAAGAGAUGUUGCACUUGCACAGCGAUUCCAGGAAGAUUGACGUGCGCGCGGGGGGACCAUUCAAUCGCUGCCUCCACUCCAGACUCAGCUUGUUUUAACUCUUGGGUCAUCAACUUUUAGCAUCCCGUUUCUACCGAACUCAUCACAUUAAGAUUUACACGCGCAUCUUAAAGGGGUUCCUGUGGUCAGUGCUGAACUUGUUGAACACUGGACUGUGCACGGUGAAUUGAGGCAAACCUACAAAUACCGUGGGUGCCGUUGCCGGGCGGAAGAGAGACAUGAUUGACAGCAAACAAAGCUGAUCGGCCUGUCACUCAUCUCUCCAUCAGCGUGUCAAAAAGGCUGCCUCCUCCAGGGCUCUCGCUCUAGCUCUCGCCUCUCUCCUCCUUCACACCGACUCCUCCUCCCUCCAUCCACUCCUUCUCUUUUUAUCUCCUUGACGGGCCAGUCACCCCCUAACUUCGGUGUGUCGUGACCCCUCCGUUCCCGCCCUCCCGGAGAGAGAACUGUCGGAGAGACCUGAAACGGAGUACAGAGAGGACUCCAGACCAAAACAAGUGGUGUCCCCCCUCGCCCCUCCAUCUCACACCCCUCGCCCCCUCCACCAAGCUGUUAACAGGAGGCUGGCAUGCUGCCACAGUUCCUUAGCUCCUCUCUCCGUAAAGGUUGGAUUAUUUCAUAAACUCAAAGGCCCAGGCAUUUCCCUCGGUUUCACUGUCUCUCUGUUUCGGGAGAGAAGAAGAGGGAUUCCCCAUUGAGAAAACAAUAGCCCUUUUCUAGAGGAGAGCCAGAGUGUCUGAGAGGAAGCGGCGAUGCGUUUCCCUCUGGUGUUGACACUGCAGGCACUGUGGGCCAGUGUGUGCCAGACCAUGCAGCACUACCCAGCCUGGGGACACUACGACGUGUGUAAGUCUCAGGUGUACACGGACGAAGGCCUCACCUGGGAUUACAUGGCCUGCCAACCUGAGGCCAUGGACAUGACCAAGUACCUGAAGGUUACGGUGGAUCCACCCAACAUCACCUGUGGAGACCCACCUGAGACAUACUGCGCCCUGGAGAACCCGUACAUGUGUAACAAUGAAUGUGAUGCCGAAAACGAGGACCUGGCCCACCCACCGGAGCUCAUGUUCGAUUUCGAGGGCCGCAACCCCACAACCUUCUGGCAGUCCAGUUCCUGGAAGAAGUACCCCAAGGCCCUCCUGGUCAACAUCACACUGUCCUGGAGCAAAACCAUCGAGCUGACCGACGACAUCGUGGUCACCUUCGAGUCAGGCCGCCCGGAACAGAUGGUUCUGGAGAAGUCUCUGGACUACGGUAAGACCUGGCAACCCUACCAGUUCUACGCCACAGACUGUCUGGACGCUUUCACCAUGGAUGCCAAGACUGUCCAGGACCUGACCCAGCACACUCUCCUAGACAUCAUCUGCACCGAGGAAUACUCCAGGGGCUACGUGUGGAAGUAUGACAAGACGGUGCGCUUCGAGAUCAAGGACCGCUUUGCACUGUUCGCCGGACCACGGCUCCACAACAUGGCGUCCCUCUACGGUCAGUUAGACACCACCAAGAACCUGAGAGACUUCUUCACCAUUACAGACCUGAGGGUCCGGCUCCUCCGACCAGCCACAGGGGCCACCAUGGUAGACGAGAACAACCUGUCCAGAUACUUCUACGCCAUCUCUGACAUCAAGGUCCAGGGAAGGUGCAAGUGUAACCUUCAUGCCAAUAGUUGUGUGUUUGACAAAGAGACGCUAAAUUGUGAGUGUGAGCACAACACCACGGGGCCGGACUGUGGCCGCUGUAAGAGGAACUACCAGGGAAGGACGUGGAGCGCAGGCUCCUAUCUACCCAUCCCCAAGGGCACGGCAAAUACCUGUAUCCCCAAUAGCAUUGGUCCAGUUAACUGCGAAUGCUUCGGACACUCCAACCGCUGCAGCUACAUCGAGCUGCUAAACUCUGUCAUUUGCGUGAGCUGUAAACACAACACUAGGGGCCAGCACUGCCAGGAUUGCAAGCAGGGCUACUUCCGAAAUGCUUCUGCGGAGCUGGAAGAUGAGAAUGUGUGCAUAGACUGUAGUUGUAAUCCCUAUGGCUCAGACAGUGUUCGCUGUAAUGGCACAGGAUUUUGUAAAUGUAAGGAGGGAACUACAGGUGCUAAGUGUCGAGAUUGUCUGCCGGGAUAUUUGUGGGACAAUGGCUGCAAAUCCCGAGUGUGUGACAACGAGCUCCUGCGCUGCCAGAACGGCGGUGUGUGUCUGAACAACCUGCGGUGCCAGUGUACCGCAGCAUUCACGGGCCUGCUGUGUGAGAAGCCCCGCUGUGAGUCGGAGCUGGGGGGCUGUGGUGGGCCCGACUCGGGCCAAGCCGCCCUCUCAUCUACACCACUCUCCACCUUGCUGCUGCUCCUGCUGGGCUCGACGCUGCUCAGAGAGGCCUCCUACAGGCCCGCCCUGCUCUGAGAACCAGAGGCCUACACGGUCUACACUGAACUGUUGGAGCAAACUACCCAAUUACCAACUUCUCUACAACAACAACAACCAGAACUACAACGACCAUGAGCUUAGUCUACUAUACUGUACUGUACUAGCUGUCCACCAGACACAGCAAGGACACAUGCUGUCUAUAAGGGAAUGUGCCAGAAUGAAAGCAAAACUUUAAUUUGAGUAAAAAAAUAAAAGUAUAUAUAGAAAUGAGAGAAAAAAUGAAAUCAAUAAAGAAAAAUAAAUACCAGAUAUUUAAAAAGAGUUUAACUUGAGCAUUUGCUUCAUAAAAAGUCAAACAAGUCAAACAACAGACACCAGUGACCUAAGCCAUACCAGAGACUUUUCCCCCUAACUGUCAAAAGGAGGGACUGGAGAUGACAGACACUUUGUUCACUUCCUCUCUUAUUGCCACGGCAACGGCAGCUGCGACCAAUAAGCGACAGCAAGCUCUAGCUAGCAAGGCCAGCAGCUGCUAGCUGCCCCUGUCUUAGGGUGCUUUGGGGUUUGGUGCUGGCUGGACUGAACUGCUUCUGGGCUGAACUGACCGACUGACUGACUGACUGACGAAGAACUCCAUAGAACUGUCCCUACCGCUGCUGAAGGGUAGACAGACAGGCUGUUUGAAAAAUAAAACCUAAAUAGAGAAAUUGAGGCAGAGGGAAAAUAAAAAAGGAAAUGUAAGCAUUCUUUGCUGUCAGUGCAUUGUGGAUAUAAGGAAAUCUAUCCGGAUUUUGAUCCGGAGAUCAAAAAUCUUGCCCACCUCUCUCUCUCUCUCUCUCUCAGUCUGUCUGUCUCUCUCUCUCUCUCUCUUGCUUUCUCUCUCUCUUAUUCUCAUCUCUCUGUCGCCCUCUCUCUUUCUCUCUGUCUCGCUCUCUUUCUGUUGGGCUCCCGAGUGGCGCAGCGGUCUAAAGCACUGCAUCUUAGCGCUAGAGGCAUCACUACAGACACCAGGCUGUAUCACAACAGGCCGUGAUUGGGAGUCCCAAAGGGCGGCGCACAAUUGGCCCAGCGUCAUCUGGGUUUGGCCGGUGUAGGCCGUCAUUGUAAAUAAGAAUUUGUUCUUAACUGACUUGCCUAGUUAAAUAAAUACAAUUGUCUCUCGCUCUCUCUUUUUCCUUCUCUGUUCUUUUUUUCUUUCUCUCUCUCUCUCUCUCUCUCUCUCUCUCUCUCUCUCUGUCUGUCUCCCACUCCAUCCUUCUCUAUAUCUCUCUCCCUAUAUUCCUCACCUGUCCCCUCCCAUCAGUCCCACCCAGCCGCCUCUGUCCACUGACCUGUGCUUUUGUGAACGUUACUCUGUAACCCUUGUCGGUUGAAAGAUUUUUUUGUCCGGUGUUAGUGACGCACAUGUGUAAUAGCCCCAUAUCCUCCCUCUCCAAAAGAUAGCCAGACUACCUGUGUACUUAUUUGACCUGUAGACAUCUGCAUUACCUGAGACCUUGGUCAAAGAGCUUAGUGUUCACUUGAGCUGACAAAGUGCUUAGAGAAUCAUCAGUGUAUUUACAAUUUAUUUUCUUGACAGAGCAAAAAAUACAUGUAAUAAUUAUUUUGUACUAUUUGCCGAACAGUGUUAAAAUGCAACUUGUUACUGUAUCUACUCCAGAUGAAAAUUAAAAAGCAGAAGAAAUGUU